GCCGAGUCCAGUUUUUUCCUGCAACAAAAGUCAGUCGAGUAGAGAUGCCAUAUACACCGUCUGGCUUUUUCUGCGACCGGUUGAUCCGGGAGCGAGAAAGAAGAGAUGGGGAAGGGUCUUUGAACAAGCCCAUCCGCUUCAACGGCCAGGACUAUAACGCACUGAGUCAGGAGUGCCUUCAGAGGAAGAGCCUGUUUGAGGAUGACUCGUUCCCGGCCACUGUGGAGUCUCUGGGCUUCAAGGAACUUGGACACAAGUCCAACAAGGUCAAGAACAUCGUCUGGAAGAGGCCCAAGGAAAUCUGUGAGAACCCUCAGUUCAUUGUUGGCGGAGCCAGCAGGACAGACAUCUGCCAGGGAGAUCUAGGUGAUUGCUGGUUGCUGGCUGCUAUUGCCUGCCUCACUCUGAAUGAAAAACUUCUGUAUCGAGUCGUUCCCCAUGAGCAAAGUUACUCUGAAAACUAUGCCGGAAUAUUUCACUUCCAGUUCUGGCGUUAUGGUGACUGGGUGGAUGUUGUCAUUGACGACCGCAUCCCAACUUUUAACAACCAGCUGGUCUUCACCAAGUCUGCUGAGAGGAACGAGUUCUGGAGCGCCCUGCUGGAGAAGGCCUAUGCCAAGCUGCAUGGAUCCUAUGAGGCCCUGAAGGGCGGAAACACCACAGAGGCCAUGGAGGAUUUUACUGGAGGUGUCACCGAGUUUUAUGAGAUGAAGGAAGUUCCCAAAGAGCUCUACAAGAUCAUGAAGAAAGCGCUGGAGAGAGGCUCCCUCAUGGGCUGCUCCAUUGAUUCUCUGGUCCCAGCUCGCUUUGAAACUCGUACGGUGACAGGACUUGUGAAGGGUCACGCCUAUUCUGUGACAGCAGUGGAGGAGUGUAAGCCGUCUCAAAACAAGGACAAUAAAGUUCGCCUGGUGCGACUCAGGAACCCAUGGGGUCAGGUAGAAUGGAACGGUCCCUGGAGUGACAACUCCAAGGAGUGGGCCACCAUCUCUAAGGGUGAAAAGGAUAAAUUGCAACAUCAAAGUGCUGAGGAUGGAGAGUUCUGGAUGUCAUUUGAGGACUUUAAGAAGAAUUACACAAAGAUUGAGAUCUGUAACCUCACACCUGACGCUCUGGAGGAUGAUAAGAUCCACAAGUGGACAGUUUCUGUGAACGAGGGUCGCUGGGUGAGGGGCUGCUCUGCUGGAGGCUGCAGGAACUACCCAGACACUUUCUGGACCAAUCCUCAGUACCGCCUUCGCCUUCUGGAGGAAGACGACGACCCUGACGACAACGAGGUGGGCUGCACCUUUGUGGUUUCGCUGAUGCAGAAAAACCGACGAAAAGAGCGCAAGAUGGGAGCCAACCUCUUCACCAUCGGAUUUGCCAUUUAUGAGGUGCCAAAGGAGAUGCACGGGAACAAGCAGCACAUGCCGAAGGAUUUCUUCUUGUUCAACUCCUCCAAGGCCCGCUCCAAGUCCUACAUCAACCUGCGCGAGGUGACGCAGCGUUUCCGCCUGAGCCCCGGAGAGUACGUCAUCGUCCCCUCCACGUACGAGCCGCACCAGGAGGGGGAGUUCAUCCUGCGGGUCUUCUCUGAAAAGAAGAACACCUCAGAGGAGAUAGAGAACAGGAUCGAGGCCGACAAUCCUGUGCCAGCACCAGCCUCAGCGGGGGAAGAGAGUGAGGAGGACCAGCGGUUCCGAACCAUUUUUCAGGAGAUAGCUGGAGACGACAUGGAAAUCACAGCCAAUGAACUGAAAAAUGUUCUCAACAGAGUGAUAUCCAAACAUAAGGACCUGAGCACAGAGGGGUUCAGUCUGGAGAGCUGCAGGAGCAUGAUCGCUCUGAUGGACGUAUCCUUU